GAAUCGACUACAAGACCACUACUAUCUUGUUGGACGGCAGAAGGGUCAAGCUGGAACUCUGGGACACAUCAGGGCAAGGAAGAUUUUGCACCAUUUUCAGAUCCUACUCUAGAGGAGCCCAGGGAAUUCUCUUGGUGUAUGACAUCACUAAUCGCUGGUCCUUUGAUGGGAUAGACCGAUGGAUAAAGGAAAUAGAUGAGCAUGCCCCAGGUGUCCCUCGGAUCCUGGUGGGCAACAGGCUUCACCUCGCCUUCAAACGGCAGGUGCCCACGGAGCAGGCCCGGGCUUACGCGGAGAAGAACUGCAUGACGUUUUUUGAGGUCAGCCCCCUGUGCAACUUCAAUGUCAUAGAGUCCUUCACAGAGUUAUCCCGUAUCGUCCUCAUGCGGCACGGCAUGGAGAAGAUCUGGAGACCCAACAGAGUGUUCAGCUUACAGGACCUGUGCUGCCGAGCCAUUGUUUCCUGCACCCCAGUCCACCUCAUCGAUAAGCUGCCGUUGCCCGUCACCAUCAAGAGUCACCUGAAAUCCUUCUCGAUGGCGAACGGGAUGAACGCGGUGAUGAUGCACGGCCGGUCGUAUUCCUUGGCCAGCAGCGGGGGUGGGAGCGGCAGCAAAGGUAACAGCUUGAAGAGAUCCAAAUCCAUUCGUCCACCCCAGAGCCCCCCACAGAACUGCUCACGCAACAACUGCAAGAUCUCUUAG